ACGUGGCAGCCCCCGGGAAGUGUGGCACUCGCGCGCCCGCCUCCUUCUGCCCGGGUGGGGGCGGGGGCGGGGGCGGGGGGAGCGGUAGGCAUUGGCCUCACUCACCCCUCUGUCCCCCACGGCACCAGCCGCCACCCCCAGCCCGGCAGGGACCCAGGAAACCACGGCGGAGGUGCACUGGCGGAUCUGGUGAGAAACGUUUUGCCCUGCCUUCUGUCUUGGCCUGGUUACGCCUACACAGUCCUCCAGCUUUGGGGACCAUUUUUUCCUCAGAGAAAGCCUGCCGAGGCCUAGGACCUCGCCAGGACUCCUGUGCUCCCAUGUCUCCUGGGCUUGCCUCCAGCGCCGCGAUUGCUGUUGUCUGCCCGUCUUUACCAGCCUGGGAGGGCUCUGAGAGCAAGGACCAGGAAUGUCUCUGGUCUCUGGGUGCCCAGAGCCCGGCACAGCACGAAGUAGUUGCUCACUGAAGGUUAACUGCACAGCAGAGAGGUUCUGGCUGUCUGAGCAGCAGAAGCCUAAUUCCCGGCUCACACAAGGUGGAAACUGUGACUUUGGCCUCACCACCCCCAAUCCUCGUGAUCAAUUGGGAAGACUUUACAUCUGACUAAUAAAUAUAUAUGUAUGUAUUUUUAUGCAUACACACAUACAUACAGUGUAUUUGCUGAACUGACAUCAUGAUCAGGCUUUACGCAUGCAGGAUCUCUAAUUCUCAGAACAAUCCUACAAGCUUGAGGUGACUCUCCUUAUUUUAUAAAGAGAAAGCUGAGACUUAAAGUAUGUUCAGGGUUCUUUGGUUGAAUAGGUACCAGGAAAGAAUCGCAAUGCACAAGCUGAGGUGUGCAAGUAUGUCAAACACCUCUUAUACCCCAUUUCAGAUCCUCUUGGCCUCACUUACUGCUUAUUUCACCACCAUGGAUGUUACUCAGGCACCAGAAGUAUAACCUAAGUGAGCUUCUCCUCAAGCCCAUGCCUCAGGCUUCUCACGUGCAUCAUGGCUGUGUCUUGGAGGUCAUGGGUCUGCUGGAACUGGUCAACACGGGGACAUGAGCAACCCAGAAGUGCAGGGGUGGGGAGUGGAUGAUGCAUCAUGGGACACAUCUUUGAGUAAUGGAGUGAACAACUGAUGCUUCUCUCUUUUUCCCUUCAGAAAGACUCUCCUCAGAUAGUUCAUAUACCUUUCUAACUCUUGCAGGAUCAAGCAACAAAUGCCUUAGGAAGUGAUUGAUUUGACAAUGCAUCCUUGCAAUGGCUCUCUUUCCUUCCCUGCUUAUAACCCCUGUCCCUCGCUCCAAGUUCUUGGACUCACACUUGCCAAUAAAGUCCUCAUAUGAGGAACCUACACUAAGGCAUGCUGGUACCAAGAGUGGCCCCAGGAAUCAGCCCUCAGGUUGGAAUUUCAGAACUGGACUGCUCAGCAGUCAGAAGUCAGAUGGCAAAAACCCCAUUGCUGGUGUCCAUUAAGAUGCUGUGCAGUAAAAAAUUGACUCAGCAGGUCUGAGUUGUCCAUAUCCUGCACUUCAAAUGAAAGUUUGUGUCUUGCCUGGCUCCUGGUAGGUAGGUAACUCCUAAGCCCUUGGAAUAUCCUGCCUGUUGAGAGAGAUCUUGUUUACCUGAAGCUUUGGGCCACACCGGAUAAUUCAUGCUAGCAAUGUGAUGCUGGUGGAAACCUUGGGCCAUGUGGCAUCUGUUUGACCUCCGGAGGGUUUGGAGACUGAAGGUCGGCCCACAAGGGUCUGUCAGUUGUGCCAAUAUGAUCAACCACCAAUAAAAGCCCUGGACGUCAAUGCUGGGUGAGUGUUUCUCCAUUUUGCCACCCAUUUCUCCUGCGAGCAUUAAGCAGUAUCUAUAAACCCCAUUGGGUGAGGACAGUUGGAGGCUUGCUCUUGGUCUCUCCUACAUCCUGCCUUAUGCCCCUUUCCUCUUCUGAUUUCAGUCUGUAUCCUUUCACUGUAAUGUCUUUUCAACUGUAUCCUUUCAACUGUAAUUGAACCAGAGGGUGGUCUUGGGGACCCCUGAACACAAAGGGUUAAACUGCUUGAAUUCUGUUGCAGAAUUUGUUGAGAAUUCCGGGAAUUUUUAGAUUUAUGUCCAUAAAUGAAAUGGAUCUAUACUUUUCUUGUACAGUCCUUAUCCAGCUUUCAAAUUAAGGUUAUAUAGCUUCAUAAAAUGAGUUGAGAGGCAUUCUCUCUUUUUCUGUCUUCUGGAGAUCUUGUGCAAGGCAGGUAUUAUCAAUCCUUUGAAAGAUUGGUUAAACUCUUUUGUAAAGUUAUGUGAGGCUAGGACUUUUUUGGUGGGGAAGAUGUAGGAUUAGGGUUUCAAUUUUUUUUUUUUUAGAUUCUAUUUAUUUAUUUGACAGAGAAAGACACAGCGAGAGAGGGAACACAAGCGGGGAGUGGGAGAGGGAGAAGCAGACUCCCCGCCGAGCAGGGAGCCCGAUGCGGGACUUGAUCCCGGGACUCCAGGAUCAUGACCUGAGCCGAAGGCAGUCGCUUAACCAACUGAGCCACCCAGGCGCCCCUAGGGUUUCAAUUUUUUAAAUGGGCAUUGGUCUUUACAAAUUUCUGUUCCUUUUUACCAAUUUCAGUAUCUUGAUGUUUUUAAAAAAUUUACAUGUCAUCUAAGUUUACUGACAUGUCAUUCAAAUGUCGUUUUAUUUUUAAAAUCUCUGUUGUGUCUGUUCUUACUAGUGUUUAUUUGAGAAUUUUUCUUGGUCAGAUUUUGUUAGAGGUUUAUGUAUCUUACUCAUCAUUUCAAGGAACAAGUUUUUGAGUCCUUUUUUUUUUCCCCUUGUAGCUCUCCAUUGCCCUACCCCCAAAUUCAUUCUUUUCUUUCCUUAUCGUUAUUAUUUCCUCAUGAGGGAGUACUUACUCUGUUGUCCUUUUUCUCAUUAUUCAUUUGAAUCAUUAGUUCAUUUUUCAUUCUUUUUUGUUUUAUGAAAAACAUUAAGAAAAACAUUCUUUCUUGUUUUAUGAAAAAAUAUUUAAAGAUCUGUGUUUGGUUUUUUUUUUAAGAUUUUAUUUAUUUAUUUGACAGAGGGAGAGAGAGAACACAAGCAGGGGGAGCAGCAGGCAGAGGGAGAAGCAGGGAGCCCGAUGUGGGGCUCGAUCCCAGGACCCUGGGAUCAUGACCUGAGUCGAAGGCAGAUGCUUAACCAACUGAGCUACCCAGGCGCCCCUAAAGAUCUGUGUUUUAUUCUUAGUAUUGUUUUAGCGAUGACGCACAUUGUGCUUUCAUUGUUAUUCAAUUCUAAAUAUUUUAUAAUUUCCCAAAUGAUUUCCUCUUCAACCCAAGGCUUAUCUGAUAGCAUGCUUUAUAGUUUGAACGUAUAAGGGAUUUUUUAACUAUCAUUUUGUUACCAAAUUUCAAAUUUCAUGAUGAUGUACAAGUCAGUAGCUAUUACUACAUUCACAGAGCUGUGUAUUCAGCCCCAUUAUCUAAUUUUAGAAUACUUUCAUCACCCCAAAAGAAACCUUGUACCUAUUAGCAGUCAUUCCCCAGUCCCCAUCACCACCCACACAGUCCCUGGGAAUCACUAAUCUACUCUGUCUUUAUACAGUUGUCUAUUCUGGGUAUCUCAUAUAAAUGGAAUAGUACAAUAUAUAGUUUUUAAAAAAAUUUUUUUCAAUAUAUAGUUUUUAAAGACUGGCUUCUUUCACCUAGCAUAACGUUUUCAAGAUUCAGCCAUGUUGUAGCAUGGAUCAGUAUGUCAUUCCUUUUUAUUGCUGAUUAAUAUUCCACUGUGUGGGAAUUCAGUAAAGUGGCAGGAUAUAAAAUCAAUGCACAGAAAUCAGUUGCAUUUCUAUACACCAACAAGACAGAAGAGAGAAAUUAAGGAGUUGAUCCCGUUUACAAUUGCACCCAAAACCAUAAGAUACCUAGGAAUAAAUCUAACCAAAGAGGCAAAGAAUCUGUACUCAGAAAACUAUAAAAUACUCAUGAAAGAAAUUGAGGAAGACACAAGGAAAUGGAAAAACGUUCCAUGCUCAUGGAUUGGAAAAACAAAUAUUGUGAAGAUGUCAAUGCUACCUAGAGCAAUCUACACAUUUAAUGCAAUCCCUAUCAAAAUACCAUCAACUUUUUUCAAAGAAAUGGAACAAAUAAUCCUAAAAUUUGUAUGGAACAAGAAAAGACCCCGAAUAGCCGGAGGAAUGUUGAAAAAGAAGCGCAAAGCUGGUGGUAUCACAAUUCUGGACUUCAAGCUCUAUUACAAAGCUGUCAUCAUCAAGACAGUAUGGUACUGGCACAAAAACAGGCACAUAGAUCAAUGGAACAGAAUAGAGAGCCCAGAAAUGGACCCUCAACUCUAUGGUCAACUAAUCUUUGACAAAGCAGGAAAGAAUGUCCAAUGGAAAAAAGACAGUCUCUUCAACAAAUGGUGGUGGGAAAAUUGGACAGCCACAUGCAGAAGAAUGAAACUGGACCAUUUCCUUACACCACACACAAAAAUAGACUCAAAAUGGUUGAAAGACCUGAAUGUGAGACAGAAGUCCAUCAAAAUCCUAGAGGAGAACACAGGCAGCAACCUCUUCGACCUCAGCCACAGCAACUUCUUCCUAGAAACAUUGCCAAAGGCAAGGGAAGCAAGGGCAAAAAUGAUCCAUUGGGACUUUAUCAAAUAAAAAGCUUUUGCACAGCAAAGGAAACAGUCAACAAAACCAAAAUACAAUCAACAGAAUGGGAGAAGAUAUUUGCAAAUGAAAUAUCAGAUAAAGGGUUAGUAUCCAAAGUCUGUAAAGAACUUAUCAAACUCAACACCCAGAGAACAAACAAUCCAAUCAAGAAAUGGGCAGAAGACAUGAACAGAUAUUUUUCCAAAGAAGACAUCCAAAUGGCCAAUAGACACAUGAAAAAGUGCUCAAUGUCGCUCUGCAUCAGGGAAAUCCAAAUCAAAACCUCAAUGAGAUACCACCUCACACCAGUCAGAAUGGCUAAAAUUAACAAGUCAGGAAAUGACAGAUGUUGGCAAGAAUACAGAGAAAGGGGAACCCUCCUACACUGUUGGUGGGAAUGCAAGCUGGAGCAGCCACUCUGGAAAACGGUAUGGAGGUUCCUCAAAAAGUUGAAAAUAGAGCUACUGUAUGACCCAGCAAUUGUGCUACUGGGUAUUUACCCCAAAGAUAUAAAUGUAGUGAUCCAAAGGGGUAUGUGCACCCCAGUGUUUAUAGCAGCAAUGUCCACAAUAGCCAAACUAUGGACAGAGCCAAGAUGUCCAUCAACAGAUGAAUGGAUAAAGAAGAUGUGGUAUAUAUAUACAAUGGAAUAUUAUGUAGUCAUCAAAAAACCCCGAAAUCUUGCCAUUUGCAAUGACGUGGAUGGAACUAGAGGGUAUUAUGCUAAGUGAAAUAAGUCAAUCAGAGAAAGACAUGUAUCAUAUGAUCUCACAGAUAUGAGGAAUUCUUAAUCUCAGGAAACCAACUGAGGGUUGGUAGAGUGGUGGGGGGUGGAAGGGAUGGGGUGGCUGGGUGAUAGACAUUGGGGAGGGUAUGUGCCAUGGUGAGCGCUGUGAAUUGUGUAAGACUGAUGAAUCACAGACCUGUACCUCUGAAACAAAUAAUACAUUAUAUGUUAAAAAAAAGAAGAAGAAGAAGAUAGUAGGAAGGGAAAAAUGAAGGGGGGGAAAUCGGAGGGGGAGACGAACCAUGAGAGACUAUGGACUCUGAGAAACAAACUGAGGGUUCUAGAGGGGAGGUGGAUGGGGGGAUGGGUUAGCCUGGUGAUGGGUAUUAAAGAGGGCACAUAUUGCAUGGAGCACUGAGUGAUAUACACAAACAAUGAAUCAUGGAACACUACAUCAAAAACUAAUGAUGUAAUGUAUGGUGAUUAACCUAAUAAAAUAAAAUUUAAAAAAAAAUUCCACUGUGUGGAUAUACUACAAUUUGUUUAUCCUUCCCCCAGUUAAUGGAAUUUAGGUUGUUUCUGCUUUUUGGCUAUCAUGGAUAACGCUGCUGUAAACAUUCAUGUACAAGUUUUGUGAACAUAUUUUCAUUUCUCUUGGGUAUAUACCUAGGAGUAGAAUUGCUGGAUCACAUGGUUACUUUUCUGAACUAAUGCUGUGAAAUCUGUAUUCUUUGUUGUGUGUGAUUAAGUCUCUGCUUGGUUGCUUGAGUAAAAGUUAGCUAAUGAUUACACAGGUUUCCUUAACUGCCUGGAACGAGUAAGUCUCUCAGACUUUGCUGAGGGGCUCUGUGUCAAUGUUGGCUCCAACACUCAGCCACACAGUGGACAGCACUAUCUUGGCCUUCCCCUGCUGCUUGUGCAGAGGCUCAAGAUCAACCAGAGAUAGAUAUUAGGGCCUUCUUGGGUCUUUCUUGUGCAUGCCUACAGCCCCACACAUGCACAUGGCCUUCUGGAUUUCCAGGAAUAUUUUGGAGCUUCCCACACACACAACAAGGACAUCUCAUUCCUCAGUUUUUCCUUUUUAAAUUUUUUUGGUCAGCCUCUUAUUACCCCAAACUUGCAUCACUACCUCGGGCAAUCAUAGUGUUAAAAGAGUUGCCACUGAUUGUUUCGACAAAUGCCCUGUUUUUAUAGAGUAAGCUCUGAGUCAGGUCAAAUAAAGCCAAGACUUGAGAAUGGAGCUUUCCAAGGAAGACGUUAGACAAGUCAAAUAAGGGCAGUUCUCUGGGGAUGGGACUUUUCUGGAAGAGCUCCAAACCCAUUCUGCCACUGGCGUCAACUUGAUUGCUACUUUUCACAGCAAACCGUGGUUGCGAAGCUGUUGUUUUUCAAGGGGAGCUGGGAGAGGGGGAUGGGAAUAGAGCAAGUUAAAGCAUCACAAAGCUCACUGUUCUUAUUAAGAUUCAGCUGUUUUUCUUGAACAGACACUUUGAAGAUUAUUGCAAGCUUUUCUUUGGUUAAUUUAAAGAAUUCUGAAACAAAGUUGAUUUUGACAAUUUUUGCCAGUGUUCUCAUUGCCUUUAUGAAGGAGUGGAUUUUCUGAGAUCCUUAUGCUUCCAUUCCAGAAGUGCUGCUAACUCAUUUACAUUAAAUGCAAUUAUUUUCUAUAUUUAGACACUUCAAUCAUCUUUUUUUCACAUUGAUUAUUUCUUUAUAUCUCCUUUCCUAUUUUCCAUUAGCUAGGUUAAUUUUUUUCUCACUAAUUAUAUAUCUAUUUUAUUUUGGAUGUUGCUUCUAGCUCAUUUUAUUUUUUCCUAUCAGUUUAUUAUGCUUCUUAUCAUACAUAUACUAUCCUACUGAACAAGAAAAUACCUUAGCACAUUCUCUAGUAUUUUAAUUCUGUAUUGUUAUUAUAUACAUUGUUUGUUCUGAUACUUGCUUAUUUAGACAAUGAUAAACUUUACAAACAUACUUUACUCAUUCUUAUUUUCCUUAGCUCAUGGCAUUUUCCUGGAUUCAUUUCUCUUCUUGCUGAAUAACUUCCUACAAUAAUAUUUUCAAGAUGGGUCUCUGUGUGGUAAACCUUCUAAUUGCUAUACAUGCCUCAUAAUAUCACAGAUUUAUUUUACCCCUGUGUUUAAAUAUUAAUUUAACAGAACAUGAAAUUCAGUCACUUUCCUUCAAGGAAGUUCUUUUCCUUAAACACUUGAAAAAUAUUAUUCCAUUUUCUUCUUGCCUCCAAUGGUUCUUAUCAUUUUAUUCUUUUGUAGACAUCUGCUGUUUUUCUAGGUGGGACCUGUGUAUUGUGUUGUAUUAUAUGGUACCGUAUUAUACUGCAUUGCAUUAUAUUUUUUAGAGAAGUUUCAGGUUCCCAGCAAAAUUGAAAGUACAGAGAUUUCUCCUGUACCCCUGCCCCUACACAUGCACAGCUUCCUCCUUUAUCAACAUUCCCCAUUCGUUACAGUUGAUGAACCCACAUUGACACAUCAUAAUCAUCUGAAGUCCAUGGUUUACAUUAGGGUUUACUCUCAAUGUUGUAUAGUCUUUUGGUUUGGACAAAUGUGUAAUGGCAUGUAUCCACCAUUAUAAUAUCAUCCAGAGUAAUUUCAAUGCCCCCAGGUCCUCUGUGCUCCUCCUAUUCAUCCCACCCUCCCCCACCACAAACCCCUGGAAACCCCUGAUAUUUUUCACUAUCUCCAUAAUUUUGACUUUUCCAGAAUGUCACAUGGUUCAAAUCAUACAACAUAUAGCCUUCUCAGAUUGGCUUCUUUCACUUAAUAAUACAUAUUUAAGGUUCCUCCAUGUCUUUUCAGGGCUCAUUUCUUUUUAGCAUUGAAUAAUAUUCCAUUGUCUGGAUGUAUCUGUUUAUUUAUCCAUUCAUCUAUUGAAGGACAUCUUGGUUGCUUCCAAGUUUUGGCAGUUGUGAAUAAAACUGCUAUAAACAUCUGUGUGCAGGUUUUUGGGUGGAGUUAGGUUUUCAACUCCUGGGUAGAUAUCAAGGAGUGGGAUUGCUGGAUUGUAUGGUAAGGAUAUAUUUAGUUUUUUUAAGAAACUGUUGCACUGUCUUCAAAAGUGGCUGUACCAUUUUGCAUCCUCACCAGCAAAGAAUGAGAGUUUCUGUUGCUCUGCAUCCUCACCAGUAUUUGGUGGUGUCAGUGUUCUGAAUGUUGGCCAUUCUAAUAGGUGUAUUGUGGUAUCUCAUUGUUGUUGUUUUAAAGAUUUAUUUAUUUCAGAGAGAGAGAGAAAGCAUUAGCAGGAGGGGCAGAGGGAGAGGGAGAGAGAAUCUAAAGCAAGACUCUGCACUGAGCGGGGAGCCCAACACAGGGGCUCGAUCUCAUGACCAUGAGAUCAUGAUGUGAGCUGAAACCAAGAGUUGGACGCUUAACCGACUGAGCUACCCAGGUGCCCCAUGGAUCAUCGUUUUAUAUACUUAUUUGUCAUCUGUAUGUCUUCUUUGAUGAGGUAUCUGUGAAGGUUUUUGCCCAUAUCUUAAUUGGGUCAUUUGUUUUCUUAUUGUUCAGUUUUAAGAGUUCUUGGUAUAUCUUGGUAACAGUUUGUUAUUAGAUGUGUCUUUUGAAAAUAUUU